UGAAGUGCCUUCCCAAUGGGGCCGUGAUUGGUUCUUCCAGGACGCUGAUUUGCGUGUGCAGAGGGGACCAUUUAAAAACACCAAAGACAGCCCUCUUUUAAUCAGUCGCAAAGCUGCCUUGUUCUGUUGUGUCAGAAGUGAGAUAAGGUGCUCGGUGGCUUUCUGGUCUCCUGGUGGUAGAAGGGAGCAGAGAGAAGCUGCAACAUGCCUGUGACUGGAGAAGAAAUCCACCAAAACUCAUCAGUAUCACUCGCAGAAGAAAAUCAUGCUAACUUGAACUUCCAGCUGGGUGACAGUCAUGAGCAGCAGUCAGGUAAUUACCAGGGUCCAAACCACGACCACAUGUCGCAGCACAUAGGGGGAUCAGUGGUGAAAGUUCUUCCCAGUCCAGUACCAGAGCCACCAAUUCUUUACACUAAGCUGUUUAUUAAUAACAACUGGCAUGAGUCAUGCAGCGGCAGAAAGAUCCCUGUGUAUAACCCCACCACAGGGGAGAGGCUGUGUGAAGUGGAGGAGGCUGACUCAGAAGAUGUGGACAAAGCAGUGAGGUGUGCUAGAACCGCUUUCCAGAUGGGGUCACCGUGGCGAUCUAUGGAUGCUUCAGAAAGAGGGCGUCUACUAAACAAACUUGCCGAUUUAGUAGAGAGAGACCAGCUUCUACUUGCAACAAUAGAGGCACUGGACUGUGGCAAAGUGUUUCUCAUGGCAUACUAUGUAGAUCUGAUGGCUACAAUCAAAACCUUAAGAUAUUACAGUGGCUGGGCUGAUAAGAUUCAUGGCAAAACCAUCCCUGUAGAUGGAGAGUAUUUUACUUACACACGACAUGAGCCUAUUGGAGUAUGUGGGCAAAUCAUACCUUGGAACUUUCCGGUGAUGAUGUUUGUGUGGAAGAUUGCUCCUGCUCUCUGCUGUGGGAACACUGUGGUCAUCAAACCUUCUGAACAAACCCCAUUAUCAGCUCUGCACAUGGCUGCACUCAUCAAAGAGGCAGGGUUUCCUCCCGGAGUGGUGAAUGUGGUGCCAGGUUAUGGUCACACAGCAGGCAGUGCCAUUUCCCACCACAUGGACAUAGAUAAAGUAGCCUUUACAGGAUCUACUGCUGUUGGAAAACUCAUCCAGAAGGCUGCUGGUGAAAGCAACCUGAAAAGAGUUACACUUGAACUCGGUGGGAAAAACCCAAAUAUUGUCUUUGCAGACUGUGACUUAGAGUAUGCAGUGGAGCAGGCCCAUAGCGGUCUGUUCUUUAACCAGGGCCAGUGCUGUGUGGCUGGAUCCAGGGUGUUUGUCGAGGAGCCAAUCUAUGAGGAGUUCGUCCGCCGCUGCGUGGAGAGGGCCAGAUCCAAAGUCCUGGGAAACCCCCUCUUACCAGGGGUGGAUCAGGGGCCGCAGAUUAACCAGAAGCAGUUUGAUAAAAUAAUGGAGCUGAUAGAGAGUGGGAAAAGAGAGGGAGCUACUCUGGAGUGUGGUGGGUCCCCUUUGGGUCAAAAUGGACUUUUCAUCCAACCCACUGUCUUCUCAAAUGUCACAGACGACAUGCGCAUUUCCAAAGAAGAGAUAUUUGGUCCAGUGCAGCAGAUCAUGAGUUUCCAUAGCAUUCAUGAAGUCAUCCGGAGAGCAAACGCCACACACUACGGCCUGGCAGCAGGAGUGUUCACUAAUGACAUCAACAAAGCUCUCACAGUCUCCUCUGCUCUGCAGGCUGGCAUGGUCUGGGUGAACUGCUACAAUGCCAUGAGUGCCCAGUGUCCGUUUGGUGGCUUCAAGAUGUCUGGGAAUGGGAGGGAGUUAGGAGAAUAUGGUCUUCAGGAGUACACAGAGAUCAAAGCAGUAACCAUUAAACUCUCCCAGAAGAACUCAUAACAUGCUCAAACAGACCAUUUUCUGUCUGCUGAAGUCUCCACCAGCAAACACCAUCAGGGCUUCAUUGCAGGGCAAGCUUCUAGUACCUUUGAUGUGUUGACAAAUUCCUUAUUUCAUAGUAUACUUGCUGUAUUACACCUCCUCAUUAUAAUAGUAUUAAUAUACCAACUUGGAUUUAUCUCUUUUUGUUGUUGUUGUUAAAGUUAGUUAAAAGGAUAUUCUUUAUGUCAGCAUGUUCAGAUACAACUUUUUACAGAAUUGCCAAAAAAUUACAUAUUUUAAUUAUUCUCAUACAAAAAAAUGAAUGAAUCACAAAAAUGUACAUAGAUUUCAAAUUAAAUAAGUAAAAAAAGGUUGUGCUACAUCAAUAACCAGUCAUCUGUGCACUGAAUUCGUUGCCGUAUACAUGAUCGAGUUCACAUUUUACUAGAUGUCUGUAAGCUACUAUAAGUUACUGUGUAAUGUUUUUGUUUUUUCUUGUUGUUUGAUAGAUACACAAAUAAACAGUGGUCACACUGCAAUAAUUACAGACUUUUUUGUUUUCUUUAAUUGUAAUCAAGCAAA